UAACCCUAUCGUAGUACAGUCAGAAAUGAGCCCUAUUACGGCGAUCGUAUAGAUUGGUGUGCAUUUGGAUGUGGAUUUAUUCAACGCUGGUUAGUGCGGUAGCGUGUCUCUAUCACGAGUGUACGAAACCGACGUUCACACCUUCUCCAUGACUCCGCACUGCUGGUCGACGGUACACUAGUAAACGAAAUAACAUAUGCAAAUGUAAUUUUAAAGUGCUCAGAAAUAUUCGUGUGAAAUUGCCCUGUAUAUAGCGCCGGACAACAACCGCCACCGAAGAACUACUUCUUUUUUAACAUGCCGAAUAUCAACUUUUGGUAACGAAGAAGAAGAAAACAGCAGAAGAAGAACAAAUAACCCGCAAGUCCGUUUUGAUCAGAGAGUUCCGAAACUGUCGGGUAAAGAAUAAAGAAUUCAUUCGAUGAUAGAAGUUAGACGCGAAAAAGUAUGCUAGGUCCGUCGUGGAAGAGUUAUUUCUCUGUCACACAAUUCUCGCUCAAACAUGACAGACCGGUUGCUUUCAUAGUAUCUCAGUGGCAACAUGACAAAACUACCCCGAAUUUUCGGUACCUUAUUAUAAGGCUGUCGAUUUUGAUCUUCUUUUUCGUGUCGUGGGUAUUCACCUUCAUAGGAGGAGACGAAUUUCCUCGUUCUGCAAAAUGGCCGAUUUUUCUAACAAACUGGGGAUUUACCUUAUGCACCCUACAAGCCCUGGUAGCUGCAGGGAUGCUUUCCGUAGCGGUACUAGCGGAAAGAUUGCCAAGCAAAUCGCACUGGAGAGAAAAAGCACUGACACUUUACCCGUUCUACUGGGUCCUAAAUGGCAUCGCGACAUCUGUCGCAUUUACCGUCACCAUUAUGUACUGGGCGAUCAUUUACAACGCCGAACAUGCGAGGUUUGAUGCAAUGAAUUUUUUGGUACACGCGGCCAACUCGAUCUUGAUGUUCGUCGAUUUAUGGCUUGUUUCCCAUCCAAUCAGAAUACUGCAUUUUUUGUACCCGUUGUUACUGAGUCUUGCGUACACCAUUUUUACCAUUAUUUAUUUUGUCUCAGGAGGAUUGUCGAGGGACGGGACACCAUACAUCUACCCGAUUUUGAAAUGGGAUAAUCCAGGAUCGACGACGCUGGUGUGUUUAGGUGUGAUGGCGUUCCUACUAUUUCUGCAUUUAUGUACAUACUUCGUGUACCUGUUACGUUUGAAGAUUUACGAAAUUUUAUUUUUGCCAAAAAUGGAGCCGCCUAAAUCUUCACCAAAAGGUUAUGUUAAUGAAGGCAUGGCUAAUGAUACUGUGUAAAAUUUAUAAGCCCAAAUUUUGUAUCGAUGAUAUUGUGAUAAUUAGCGAUGGAAGAGUUACCUAAGAGAACCUAAAACAUAUGAUAUAGGAUACCGUUAGACGUUCCAAACUUACAUCCUUUUUCCGAAUUGUGAAUGAAGCGUGGGGAUCUUAAAAAGAGUACAGCUGGAGGUUAAUUAGAAAAAAAAAGCUUCUCAAUUUUGGGGCCAAAGAUAUGCUCUCUACCAACCAAAACUUUUGCGGAGUGCAAAACAAAAGGCAUUUUUUCAUCUUCAUCUUUUGUUCACUUUCGCAAGCGUUUGUUGGUUUUUCGCGAUCUCCAGACGUAAAAUAGGCUCACAGUUUUCUUAGAAAUCACAUGCGAAUAACCAUAUAUUGUCCAAAAUCAAAAGCCAGCAAUGUUGGUACGUACAGAUUUGUAAUUGUAAUUUGUUUGUAAUCGACAUUUAAUCUGUAUAAAAAAAUAAAGAGAUAUGAAACGUU